GCAACAAAUUUAUAUUUCCCAGUGUAAUAAGAAAUUUCUGUAUAAGACGAUUAAAUUAGUUCCCAGUCUUUUCCCUGUAGGUAUCGUCCAAGAUGGAGGACGACAGGGGGUUUGCAGGAAGAGGAGAAAAAUCAAGAGGAAGAGGAGGGAGGCGACGCGAAAGAGGCUACAGGGAUAGACCACCACGGGGAAAAUCUGAAGGUUCUUCUCAACAACAAGCACCUCCUAUAAAAACUCCUAUCAUUCUUACAAAAACAACUGAUAAAACUCAAGAAUCCCCAGUCAAACUUCUGUUAAAAUCAAGGGAUGCUGCACCAGAAGAAAAACCAUUGCCAGAUGCACCUACAGCAUCAACUGUGUUACCAACAAUGAAAACCAAACCUACAAGGGAAGAAAAACAUCCCCAGGGAAGUGACGACAGGGGAGCCAUUGGAGGACCAGGAACAAUAUCAAUACAAAGUAUACAGCGUAAAGCAAGUACCCCAGGAGUUACCUCUGGAGGGUUACCAGAGGGUCUGAGUUCAGGUCUGGCUCAAUUAAGAAUCAAUGGUGUUGAAAGAGAAGUCUCUCUUCAAAGUAUUAAGAUGCUAGAUGAAAAUUUACACUGGACAGAUUCUGCAUUGGAUGUACUGGCUGACCAAUCAGACUUCUUGGUAGUUGGUGCUAUUGGUUUGCAAGGUUCUGGGAAAUCUACUUUAUUGUCCAUGAUAGCUGGUGCCUCACCCAAUACAGAGCCAAGGUCUUACCUAUUUACCCCUCAGUCUAAGCAAAAUCAGGAGAUAGGGUUACAUCAAACAAAUGGUCUCAACAUUGCUAUUACUACAGAGAGAGUAAUUCUCCUCGACACACAGCCAUUGCUGAGUCCAUCCAUUUUAGACCACCUUAUCCACCAUGAACGGAAUAUCCCUUCUGAUUACUCAUCACCAGAAAACUACCAUGAAAUGCAGUCUCUUCAAAUUGUGACUUUCCUUUUGACYGUCUGUCAUGUAAUCCUAGUUGUGCAAGAUUGGUUCACAGAUGUCAACCUGCUGAGACUUCUAAGGAGUGCAGAGAUGCUAAAGCCAUCAUCUGUUCCACAUUCCAGCUCUCAUGAAUCAUCAAGUGGUUCAAAUGCUGCAGACAAUGCUGAGGAUCAUUAUCCUGAAGUAGUGUUUGUUUAUAACAAGGCUACAAGAGAAGACUUUCAUCCUGAGAACAUCAAUGCAGUACAUAAUGUCACUUCUACGUUAUUCCAACAUUCAAGAUUAAAGUUAAGAAGUGGAAUGUCUAUGUUGGGUUCAGGCAUUUUGCCAUUCAACAACCUUCUGUCUUCAUGUGAUGAUGUYAAUUUGCAUCUUAUACCAGCAUAUGAAGGUGCAACCAAUGGCCACUAUACAGGUAAUGGUAUAUUACCAUCAUAUAAAGGUUAUCCUGARUUUGAAUUGGUCAUUCAAACUUUGAGAAAUCAGGUGUUCUCUACCCAUAGGCAUCCCUUGACACAGCACAACCUAACAGAGAAAAAUUGGUUUCACUAUGCUGCCAGAUCAUGGGAUACCAUCCGUAAAUCCAGCUUGAUUUCAGAGUACAACCGGCUUCUGUCCAGUUAGACAGCAAUCAUCUUACUACAAAAGGCAAGAAGGCUACUGUUAACCUUUAGUUGGAUGCUUGCAGAUUGACAAAACAAGCCAGCGGAAAUGCAAUUCAAGAUCUACUCCCAAAAAAAAAACCUCAAAGAUAUUUUGUUAGCAGCUUCCUCAUAUGUGUUGCUUGACCCACACAUAUUGCUCUUAAAACAUCAGAGAACUAUAGUGUUGGGAAUAUUGUGCUAAGGUUGUUGCAUGUAGACCACAAUAGCAACCUAUCCAACAUGACUGAAUAAAAAACAUUGAAUCAC